AUAUCACAAAUUCACAACCACGACAAUGAUGGCGACUACUUUCACUGGUGUACGGUUUACCUGUUGACAAUCGCAAUCAAUUUGGCGUGAAAUAUCAUGCGAUUUUCAUGAGUUUUAAUGUGCGGGAUGUUACUAAUGAAUUCAUUAGGAAUAAAUGUAUACACGUCGAUUUACGAUAAUCAACUUUUAAUAGACAAUUUGACGUUUCAAGCAAUGUAGCUACCACCGCACCUCGUCAUUUUCGCUGAAACAAAUUAGUUGGUACACUAUAAAAUGCGUGUUUAUUAUCUAAUAAAUUCGAUAUAGGUAAAUGCCGAUUGAGAUCAGCUAAUUAACGAUAAAGAAUAAUCGACUGUAAUUAAGUUUGUAAUGUAAUGGGCCGACUGAUCUCGACGUGGGGUCACCUAGAGGGCUUGCUUAUUGAAAUUGCCUGGGUAAAAGCUAAUCAAAAACUCCCCUAGUGGAGAAUGGCAGUGCGGGUGACCCUGGAAUGCGGCCACACGUCGGUUUUACGUGUAAGAACUACUCCAGAAGGCUAUACCCAUGAUUGGGAAGUGUUCUUACGAGGAGUUGAUAACGCCGACAUUCAUCAAUACAUUGAAAAAGUCGUCUUCACAUUACACGAAACAUUUCCCAAACCCAAACGAGUUAUCAAAGAACCACCGUACACUGUUAAAGAGUCGGGAUACGCAGGUUUUGUUAUUCCGAUUCAUGUAUACUUGAGAAACAAGGAUGAACCAAAGAAAUUUCAAAUAUCCUACGACCUUCACUUGCAGCCGAGUGGUCCUGCCAUCAACAACGUCAUUCGACAUGACGAACUUUUUCCUAAUCCCUCUGAUGAUUUCCGAAGAAAACUUCUGAAAGGAGGAGCUAUCGUCGUUUCCAACCACGAAGGUGCUUCAGAUAAGGGGGAAUCCAAAUCUACACUCGCCAUGAUUGGUAAACCGAAAUUGAGUGGAACCGAUGGAAAGAAGCACCGCCCUCCCGAACCUAGAACUUCAAACUCGUUUGCCGAUUUAUUUGGGGAACCAAUUAAAACGGCAAAAGUUUCUCCAGAAAAUAAAAGAGCUUCACUCAUGGAUAAAGGCAUGGCUGUUAAAGCUGCUAUUGUUCCAGAGAAGGCAGACAAGUCCGAGAAGACUUCUAAAGUAAAACACAGUCCUCAUAAAGAAGGAAAGCGAGACAAAAGUGGAGAAGAGAAAAAAGUGGAGAAAAAGGAUAAAGACCAUUUAAGAGAACGAGAGAGAAGCAAGGAAAAGUCUAAGAGACCGCAGAGUCCUGCGAUAAAGAGUAGUCACUCGAGUCCUGGGACUAAGAGGGUUUCUUCACCUCUACCUCCAAAGAAGCCACCUAGUCCUUCUCUGCCCCCGCCGCCAAAGCGACCACUUUCCCCAAAGCCCAGAGAAAAAGAGGCUAAGAAGUCGUCGCAUGAAAGAGAGAAGGAUAGAGAAAAGGAUAAGGAAAGAGAUAAGUCUAAAGUAUUAUUGGAUGGAACUACCAAAAGUGAAAAAAAGAAGGACAAGAAGAAGCACAAAGAAGACAGGGAAAAAGAAAAAAAAGACAAGCACAAAGAGAGAGAUAGAGACAAGUCCAAAGAGAAUAGUAAGUACAACGAUAAAGUAGAUAAACCAGAUUUAAAACAAGAGAGGUUGGAAAAGGUAGAAAAAGUUGAAAAACAAGUAGAGAAGCAGGAAAAACUAGAAAAAGAGAAGACCCAGGAGAACAGACCAUCGAAAGAAAUUAGAAAAUCCCCAAAAGCAUCAAAAGAAAUUGAAAAACUCAAAGACGAAAAAGCUAUAAAAGUCGAGAAACCAGAUAAAGUUGACAAGUUAGAAAAAAAUAAAGAUGGGAAAGGUGAUAGGGAAAAACAAAAGCACAAACACAAGAAGAGAGACAAGAAAGAUAGGGGAGAUGGUAGUAAAGAAAGGGAAAAGAAGGAAAAAAAGGAUAGAUCAAAAAGUGGAGCUGAAAAGCCAAAUAAUGUCAGUAUUCCACCACCUACCACGCUUUCGACGGAAAUUCCGGAUAGAGAUAGCAGUGAUUCUGCCCCUUCACCCGAUGAGGACCCACCAUCUGAGACGAAACAAUCGAUUGUAAAAAAAGACUCUCCACCAACGCCUCCGCCACCAACCGAAAUAUUGCGACCUACGUCUCCACCUCCUCCAGCUGUUAGAAAAGAGAAGACUGAAAAAAUAAAAAAGGAUAAGUCGAAAAGUAGUAAAGCUGAGGAAAAGGAAGGUAGGAAACGUAAGAGGAGAAGUGGUAGUAAAGGAGAUGAAGAGCCAGCAGAAAAAGGGCCAAAAAGGGAUAAAGAAAGAGCUCGGUCUCCCUCUUUGCCACUUGAACCAGUUUCCUCCAGCCAGUCACCAGUUGCCAUGGACACGGAAGCCAUGCAACCACCAAAAAUUAAGGACGAUGAAGGAGAUGAGGACACUAUGAAAGAUGAGGAUGGAGAAACAGAGCAAGUAGCUCCAGACUCCACAAAUAAUACGUUGGCAGAAGUGGACACUGGCGAUCCUCUUGUUUUCUCAGAAGACUAUGUAUCUCAAUUAAAGGAUUUGCAACAAAAAAUCAUGACGUUGCAGGACAAUCACGAACUACAAAGGGUCGUUCAAGUGAUUGCAGAAACAGGACAGUAUGAAAUUACCAAGAAAACAUUUGACUUUGAUCUUUGUGCUCUUGACCGUAGAACUGUACAACGGCUGCAGGAAUUUUUUUCUACAUCUUGACCAUCCAUUGAUUGAUUUCCAUCUUUACUUCUACUACGUACUAUCAAAGUCUGUAUAGAAUAGAUCUUGCGGUUUCCCUCAUCCAGGUAAAACCAUUGAUUUUUGAAUAAUUACUUUUAUUCAAAGUAGGUAUAUGCAUUUAUUUUGCACAAUUGUAACCUGGAUUCAAUAAAUUCGCUCCCAGAGACAGAAAUCACGCAUAAAUUGACUUUUGUUGUGGAAAACAAAUGCUAAAAUACAUCUAAUCGCAUGCUAAAGAUUGAAUUUAUAAACUGUAGGCAGAUUGUUUGAUCUCUGGCAGGAGGAGCCUCUUAGUAUGUAGACUCGUUUUCGAAAUUUGAGAUCAUCAAGUAUUUAUUGUUAAUUUUUAUAAGUUACGUUACAUCACACUAGUUCUGCAGAGCAAAUGAUUAAUAAUUUAUUUAUGUUACUAAUGUAAUAAUAAAACUUAGUAUUAAUGAAGUAAACUACGAGUGGUCAACUGAUCUCGCGUAACUGAAUCUGUUGUUGCAAAAACGAAAGUUUUGUUGAUUUUAUACUGAUUUCAAGUACUGUGAUUUGACGUUCACGUAAGUAGCAUUCUCUGCCAUGCUGUUGAUUCGUCUCUUUUAGAAAACAUGCAAUCUCCAGUAGUAUUCUCUACUUUUUUAUAACAAAUACAGAAUCAUUGAAAUGAAUUAUAUCAUAGCUGAUGGCUCUUUAGUUGAUACCGUUAUUAUUAGAACACAGUUAUUCAAUCGUGAUCACAUUUGUAUAAAAAUGUUUACCAAUUACCAUACACAGUCAUGAUGUUGCGUGCAAUUGACACACCAAAUAGUCUAAUUUUUUAAUAAUAUUAAUAAUAAGCAACGGCAGCCAAGAGUGUACAAUAUAAAAAUUAGAUGUAAUCUUUUAGUCAUAAGCGUGUCUUCAUUUCUGAGAUAAAAUAACUCAUUAUAUCUGUGCGCAUUACAUAUUAGCGAGACUUUUAUAACAAUGACAGCCUUCUUAUUUUACAAAAUUGAUGAACAUGAUAAUAUUGUACAUUAAAAGCUGAGGGACGAAAAAUCUUUCAGUUCGACGAUAAACGAAAGCUCUGUCUGUAAUCUGGCGUUGCUAUUUAUCUUCUGCUACUAUUUCAAGUUAUUAGAUCCGGAAUCAAUUAUUGCUCUCUACAAUUCAAUAAGAUCAAAUUUCAUCUGAAAUUCAUUUAAUUUGCUUUUGAAUUCCCCUCUGAAUUUUGAAUAUUAUAAUUGUAAGCGUGACUAUAUUUUACUAUUCUGUACAAAAAUUUCGGGCACUGUUCACAUGAAGUAAAAAUUCCGAAUUAUUUUCAAGUCAGAACUUGGCCUUCAUUCUUUAAAAUACUUCUCUUAGCUUCUCAUUAGUCUUGACUGUGCCAAUUUGAUUAGCUAUUUGUUUUGAUGUUAUUGAAUAUUCUUUUGAUUUUUCAUUCAUGCUGUGCUGCAUUCCAAUUCAGUUGAUGUCCUCCAUUUUUACAGUUUGCUGUCGAUCAGAAAUCGUAUUUUUACCUUUCUGUGAUUUUCUACUACGAUAUUUUGGAAUACGUGAGUUUCUAUUAAUAAUAAGAGUAUUCGUAAAAAAGCUUGUAGAAAACUAUACAACAAUUUAUCAGAUUUGUAAUGCGCAGUCUCUACAGGUAUCAGCGUGUGUUUGAUUAGUAAAUAAGUUUUGAAACUUAAUUUGAACAGACCAUCUUUCAGAGGUCAAUCAAUCUUAAAUUAUUGGCUGAUAAUUUUAAUUAAAAAUUGAACAAUAUAAUUAUAUGAAAAACUCAGUGUCAAAAGAUAAAAAUUUCUUAAUGUCUAGGAAAUAUUUAUUAUAAAGAAUCGAUUGUGCCUCUGAAAAAUACCUCCAAAAUGGAUCCAAUUAUGUUUCAAAAUAGUUAUUCAUAUGGAGUGUCUAUAAUACCCAUUGGUAUCUAGUAAAAACAUGUAUAUACAAUACAUAUGCGUGAGCUACAACAAUAAACCUUAAAGGUUAUUACCAAGAA